GCUUGUUAGCUACUUAACUUAGUAGAGAGAGAGAGAGAGAGAGCAUAGAAUCUAUAAGUUUGUAGAAACUCAUGCAACAACCCCUUUUGGUUUUGGAAAUAGGCUCCUGCUGCUUAACCUUAUUUUUUGGUUGCAAACAGAAGUAGUGGUGGGGGUUAGAGAGAGAAAAGAGGGAACUUGUUUCAUUGCAAACAGCACUGAAGAAAUGACUAAAGAAGAAGACUUUAAGCUCCUUAAAAUCCAGACUUGUGUUCUCAAAGUGAACAUUCACUGUGAUGGGUGUAAGCAGAAAGUGAAGAAACUCCUUCAGAGAAUUGAAGGUGUCUACCAAGUUCAAAUAGAUGCAGAUCAGCAGAAAGUAACAGUUUCAGGAAGUGUGGAUGCUGCAACUUUGAUCAAGAAACUGGUCAGAGCUGGCAAGUAUGCUGAGCCAUGGUCUCAGCAGAAAACAAUUCAGAAUCCAAAGCAGAAGAACAACAACAACAUUGUCAAAGAUGACAAGAACAAAGGGGGGCAAAAGCAGCAAGGACUGGUGAAGGGUCUUGAGGCCUUCAAGAAUCAGCAGCAGAAGUUCCCAUCUGCCUUUAGUUCUGAAGAGGAUGAUGAUUACUACGACUACGAUGAUGAGGAAGAGGACGAUGACGAAGAAAUGCGAUUCAUUAGGGAAAAAGCCAACCAACUUCAUUUGCUGAGGCAGCAGGCAGCAGCAGCAGCAGCAGAAGCAAACAACUUGAAGAAAGGUGUUGGAGCAAUUUCUGGUGGUUCCAACAAUGUUAAAAUGAACAACAAUGCUGGCAAUAACAACAAUGUUGGUAAAAAGGGAGGACCUGGUAAUAACAUGGGACUUAAGGAUGGUCAUGGUGGUGUUCUUGAUCAGAAAACCAUGGCAGCACUGAAAUUGAACAAUGGCCACAUGGGGGGUGGUGAAGGACUCAAUCUUGGAGAAGCCAAAAGGGCUAGUGACAUUGGUGCAAUGAUGAAUCUAGCUGGUUUCAAUGGGAAUAAUAACAACAAUGUUGCUAAUAAUGUUGGCAGUGCCACUGUUCUAGGAGCAAAUUCCAAUGGUUUGGGUGGUUUUCCUGUUCUGUCUAACAACAUGGCUCCAGGUUCUACAGCUGCUGUUCUCCCAAAUGGUGCUUUUUCUACCGGCCAAUACCCAUCAUCACUGCUAAUGAACAUGAAUGGCUUCAAUAACCAUCCAUCUCCAUCCCCAUUAAUGAUGAACAUGAACAUGCAGGCAAGACAAGCCAUGCAGCAACAACCUCAGAUGAUGUAUCACAGAUCCCCGUUUGUUCCUCCUAACACUGGCUAUUACUACAAUCAUAGUAAUAACUACAGCCCUGCAAAUUACUCUUAUGCUUUGCCUAAUUAUUACCCACACCAGUGUCCAGCAACUGAUGAUAACUCUGCAGCACAUAUGUUCAGUGAUGACAAUACUAGUAGUUGUUCCAUAAUGUAAUAGGAUUGUGUAGAGCCAGAAAGGUUGAAAAAAGAAAAAGGAAAAAGAGGAACAAGGCAUGUUAUUUGACCUUUAUGUUCCAACUAGUAUAGAGUUUGACCGUGUGUGAUUUGGGUGUGGCAGAUGUGUGUGUUUGGUGGUGGAUCAUGGAUGUGUGACUGAGUCAUAUCAGUGUCCUGUGUAGUAGUUGAGAAGAUUAUGUUUGCCUUUUUUAUUUUUAUUUUUUUAAGAAAAGACAUACAUGUCUUGUGGCUUGUUCUAUCUCAUGACUAACUUCAU